AUGGCACACCAUUUCAGCGACCGCUCGGGAGUGACAAAAGAAUUGUGUUCUUGGAUUCACGGCUUGUCGCUCAGCAAUGUCCCGGAAAACGUCAGAACUCGAGUAAAAUACUUGAUAUUGGAUGGUCUAUGCUGCGCAAUUUCGGGGAUUAUCUUCCAUGGGUUGAAAACUGCAAAAGGCGUUUUUGCAAUUGAGCCGGAAGGACAACGUGUUGUAUGGGGAAACUUGGCGCCCUUUCUGCUGCUCUAUACUGAGAUUCAGUCGUUCGAGAUCGAUGAUUGGCAUAUGUUGGCACCCGUGCACUCUAACUCCAUUGUCUUGCCUGCACUCCUCGCCGCUACUGGCCAGAAGAAGACGGAAGGCCUCGCGACAUUCGAUGGCACUUCGCUAUCAUUGUCAACAAUCGUCGGGUAUGAGGGCGGAUACGUCGGGAUCAAGAAUGUCUUUGAAGAGCCAUAUGGGGGCUUCUUUUCAACCAUUGGACAGAAUUAUGGUAAGGAACCGCCGUAUUUGACUGAGGAACUGACCAAAGGACUCGGUCAGCUAUGGCAGUCGGACAACAUUCGGGUCAAAUCACAUGCAUCGAUGGCAGGGACGCACUACGCAAUUAACACGGUGGCAUCCUUGCAAAAGGAGCACCCACACAAACUGACAGACUUGAAAAACCUUAUCAGCAUCAAAACGAAAUGUCCGAGGCUGCCAUCAAGCAUGGAGGGUGGAAGGCGCAGCGACCGCUAUUUGCUUGGGGGCACAAAUGCGGCUCUGCCUCAAGAGUUUCGCCAUGAUCUCCUUGGCCGAGAUGUUAUCUGGACCUUGAUAGACAAAACAGCGUGUUUCCACGAGCCCGAACUGGGGAGAAGUACGAGCAACGGGUCACCAUUACGAUGGCGGAUGGAUGCGAGAUCUCAAAAACACUGGCAGCCCCCCCCCAUGAUGUUACACCAGGAUUGGCGAAUGAUGAGAUUGGCGAAGUUUCAGAAAUUCACCACGGGAAUUAUUGACGGCGGGAGGAGAGACGAUAUUGAGAGAAUGGGUCUCAAUCUGAAGAGCGUUCAUGACAUUUCUGACCUGGAGGAACUCCUUGCGGGGAGGACAGCGAAUCCAAUCGAAUGA